AUGUCGCUGGAUAAUUUCACAGAUUUGCCUUCUGGAUUGAAACCAGAGGAUCCUUUCCCGGAAUGGCUAAACAGUGCAGACAAUGCAUGGGAGCUAACAGCAGCAGCCAUGGUUGGGCUACAAAGUGUUCCGGGUCUAGUUAUACUCUACGGCAGUAUGGUUAAGAAGAAAUGGGCUGUGAAUUCUGCUUUCAUGGCCCUUUACGCCUUUGCUGCGGUUUUGAUUUGUUGGGUCCUUUGGGGGCAUCGUAUGGCUUUUGGGGAUGAUCUGGGAGGGAUUUUAGGCAGGCCUCAUCAGGCCUUAACCGAUGGAUAUUUGUUAGAUCAGUAUAAAGAAGAGUAUUUCUUGCCCAAUGCUGAUUAUGUUUUCUACCAGUUUGCUUUUGCUGCCAUUACUUUGAUCCUGCUGGCGGGUUCAUUGCUUGGCAGGAUGAAUUUUUAUGCCUGGAUUUUGUUCGUUCCACUAUGGUUAACUUUCUCUUAUACUGUUGGAGCUCACACCAUUUGGGGCUCUGGCUUUCUUGAUAAGCCUGGAAUUCUUGGUAAGCGAGGGAUUAUUGACUUCUCUGGUGGCUAUGUUAUUCACUUGUCUUCUGGUGUAGCUGGUUUUACCGCGGCUUAUUGGGUAGGGCCGAGGAAUGAGAAUGAUCGGCACCAUUUCCCACCCAACAACAUCAUUACUGUAUUAGGAGGUGCUGGAUUUUUGUGGAUGGGAUGGAGCGGUUUCAAUGGCGGAUCGCCAAUGGCUGCAGGUCUCAUUGCAUCACUAGCUAUCCUUAAUACCCAUCUCUGCACUGCUACCAGUGUCCUGGUAUGGCUCUCCAUGGACAUGAUUUACUACAAGAAAAGCUCUGUGAUUGGAGCUGUUCAGGGAAUGAUGACCGGGCUUGUUUGCAUCACCCCUGCAGCAGGAAUUGUUGAUACAUGGGCUGCCAUGCUAAUGGGGGCACUGUCUGGCUCAAUUCCAUGGUAUACCAUGAUGGUUUUGCACAAGAAAUCGGCUUUUUUCCAGAAGGUGGAUGAUACAUUAGGUGUUUUCCAUAGUCACGCGGUGGCUGGUGCCUUGGGAGGACUUUGCUCGGGAAUCUUUGGAAAGCCAGAUCUUCUUAAAGAUUUCUAUGGCGUUGACAGUGGUAUCAGUUAUGGUCCUGGAUUACUGUAUGGCGUGAUUGAAGGGCAGAAGUUGGAAGGUCUCUACCAAGUAGUGUAUCAGCUAGGAGGGGCAGCGUUUAUUACUCUCUGGAAUGUUGUUGUCACGAGCUUAAUCUGCAUUCUGAUAAAUGUCAUGGUGAAUCUUCGGAUGGAUGAAGAAGAUCUUGAAAUAGGCGACGAUGCAGUUCAUGGAGAGGAAGCAUAUGCUUUGUGGGGGGAUGGGGAGAGGGAUCCUCCCCCUCUUCGGUUUCACAUGACCCCCAAAAUUCCCGCCUUCUGUCGACGCCGCUAA